AUGGACCUCAGGAGUUCUCAGGAAGAGCCCAUGGCUGCAGAAGGGCAGGAGGCUCUGGCAGACCUCAGCCUGAGCAAGGCCCAGGAAAUGGAAAGCCUGGAUAACAUGGAAGAUGUGAAGGAGCACAGUCAGUCUGGUGAAGAAGCAGGAGAUGAUGUGAUUAAAGUGAAAGGAGAAUAUGGUGAAAGAGAAGAGGCUGCUCUGAGCUCAGAGCCGAUGGAGAACCCAGAAGAAUCCGAAAUGUCUUACGUGUAUCCCAGAGAAUAUGAGUAUGAAAGCAUCAAACUGGAAAGGCAUUCUGGUUCCUAUGACACCACCAGGCCGGCCAGUGGGAAAAUGAACUGUGACAUCUGUGGACUGGCCUGCAUCAGCCUCAAUGUCCUGAUGGUUCACAAACGCAGCCACACUGGUGAACGGCCGUUCCAGUGUAACCAGUGUGGAGCUUCCUUCACCCAGAAGGGAAACCUCCUCCGCCACAUUAAGCUGCACACGGGGGAAAAGCCCUUCAAGUGCCACCUGUGCAGCUACGCCUGCCAGAGGAGGGACGCGCUGACGGGGCACCUGAGGACACACUCUGUGGAGAAGCCAUACAAGUGUGAGUUCUGUGGAAGGAGCUACAAGCAGAGGAGCUCUCUGGAGGAGCACAAGGAGCGGUGCAGGACCUGCCUGCAGGGCCCUGGGCUGUGUGAGGCUGCCAGCGUGGAGGCAAAGCAGAGCAAGGCAGAGAUGGGGAGUGAGAGAGCCCUUGUGCUGGACAGGCUAGCAAGCAACGUGGCAAAGCGAAAAAGCUCAAUGCCCCAGAAAUUUAUUGGCGAGAAGCGACACAGUUUUGAUGUGAGUUACAACUCGAGUUUCAUGUACGAGAAGGAGAGCGAGCUGAUGCAGGGCCGGAUGAUGGACCAGGCCAUCAACAACGCCAUCAGCUACCUGGGGGCAGAGGCCCUGCGCCCGCUGGUGCAGACACCGCCAGCUCCCACCUCCGAGAUGGUCCCGGUGAUCAGCAGCCUUUACCCCAUCGCCCUGACCCGCCCUGACCUGCCCAACGGCCACGCGCAGGACGCCGAGAAGAGCCACGGCCACCUCAGGGACAAGAGCCUGGCUCCUGACAGGGGCCUGUCCCCAAACAACAGCGGCCACGACUCCACAGACACUGACAGCAACCACGAGGAGCGGCACAAUCCCACCUUCCAGCCCAGCCCCGCGCUCCCCGCCCAGCCCCGCAACGGACUCCCGCCCCUCCGGGCUUUCCCCAGGCCCUACCCCUUCGAGUGCAACGUCUGCGGGUACCGCGGCCACGACCGCUACGAGUUCUCCUCGCACAUCGCGCGCGGGGAGCACCGGGUGCUGCUCAAGUAG